AUGAGGCCUUUAAAUGAUCAGGAGACUAUGAUUGUUUUUAAGAAACUUUCCAAAUUUGUUGGAAAUAAUCUGUUAACAAUGUUGUCUUAUAGUAACGAAGAAUAUAUAUUAAGAUUGCAUAGAUCAAACGUAUAUUUUGUUAGAGCUGACGUGGCCAAACAAGCUGAAUCAUUAAAUAAAAAUUCACUGAUAUCUAUGGGAAUAUGCUUGGGAAAAUUUACCAAGACGAAUAAUUUUUUCAUAAAAAUAACAGCUAUAUCAUUUUUAAACCAGUUUUGUAUUCAUAAAAUUUGGUUAAAAGAAUCAGGGGAAAAGAACUUUUUAUUUGGAAAUAAUGUGUUAAAGAGCCAUUUAUUAAAAAUUAGUGAUAACAUAAAAAAAGGAGAUGGGAUAAUGGUUUUGUCUAUGAAUGAUAACCCUAUAGGUUUCGGUAUAUCAGUUCGAAACACACAAGAUAUUAAAAUCUUAAACGUUACGGAUACUGUAUUAAUUCAUCAGAGUGAUAUCGGUGAAUAUUUAAGAUGUGAAACAGCCAUAUAA